CACCUUAAAAACACCUGGAAGAAGAGAGAGAGCAGACGGAGCAAUGAGUGACUGCUCGGAACAAGAGGGGGGAGUCGGGGGCUCGGGAAAAGAUGGCCGGAGGGAAGACUCAGUGGGGGUGUCUCUUUGCUCUGUAGUAGGAGAACACCAGUUGGUCGGGAAGAGUCAAUUUACAGAAGACACAGGCGUUGGUGUAGGUGUCACCAAAGACCAGGAAGGAAGCAAAAAGGUGGCAAUUCCAGGACAGAAGAGAGAGGGGGACCCUGAAGAAACACCGAAGAAAGGGGACCAGAAAGAGGACAAGGAAGGAGACCAGAAAGAGGAGAAGAAGAGAAAUGUGAGGACAAAGAAAAGUCUUGACAGACACGCCAAACACCAAGGUCUACCCGAGGAGCUGAGAGCGACGAAACCAGUACAAGCAGCUGAGAAGCAGGGCCAAAAGGAGAGUGCUGAGGAGCACAAGUCUGAAGUGACUGCUCAGGUACAAGAGAAGCCUAAAGUGACUGCUCAGGUCCAAGAAAAGCCAAAAGAGACUGCUCAGGAACAGGAGAAGCCUAAAGUGAUUGCACAGGUACAAGAGAAGCCUAAAGUGACUGUUCAGGUACAAGAAAAGCCCAAAGAGACUGCUCAGGAACAGGAGAAGCCUAAAGUGAUUGCACAGGUACAAGAAAAGCUCAAAGAGACUGCUCAGGAACAAGAGAAGCCUAAAAUCACUGCUCAGGAACAGCAGAAGCCUAUAGUGACUGCUCAGGUACAAGAAACGCCUAAAGAGACUGCUCAGGAACAGGAGAAGCCUAAAGUGAUUGCACAGGUACAAGAGAAGCCUAAAGUGACUGUCCAGGUACAAGAAAAGCCCAAAGAGACUGCUCAGGAACAAGAGAAACCUAAAAUCACUGCUCAGGAACAGCAGAAGCCUAUAGUGACUGCUCAGGUACAAGAAACACCUAAAGAGACUGCUCAGGAACAGGAGAAGCCUAAAGUGAUUGCACAGGUACAAGAGAAGCCUAAAGUGACUGUUCAGGUUCAAGAAAAGCCCAAAGAGACUGCUCAGGAACAAGAGAAACCUAAAAUCACUGCUCAGGAACAGCAGAAGCCUAUAGUGACUGCUCAGGUACAAGAAACGCCUAAAGAGACUGCUCAGGAACAGGAGAAGCCUAAAGAGACUGCUCAGGAACAGGAGAAGCCUAAAGUGACUGCCCAGGUACAAGAGAAGCCUAAAGUGACUGUUCAGGUACAAGAAAAGCCCAAAGAGACUGCUCAGGAACAGCAGAAGCCUGAAGUGACUGCUCAGGAAAAAGAGAAGUGUAAAGUGACUGCUCAAGUACAAGAAAAGAUGAAAGAGACUGCUCAGGAACAGGAGAAGCCUAAAAAGACUGUUCAGGAGCAGGAGAAGCCUAAAGUGACUGCUCAGGUACAAGAAAAGCCCAAAGAGACUGCUCAUGUACAGGAGAAGCCUAAAGUAACUGUUCAGGUACAAGAAAGCCCCAAAGAGACUGCUGAAGAACAGGAGAAGCCUAAAGUGAGAGCCCUGGUACAAGAAAUACCUGAAGUGACUGUACAGGUACAAGAAAAGCCCAAAGAGAUUGUUCAAGAACAGGAGACGCCUAAAGUGACAGUCAAGGUACAAGAAAAGCCCAAAGUGACUGCUAAGGAACAGGAGAAGCCCGAUGUGACAGCCCAGGUACAAGAGAAACCUGAAGUGACAGCUCAGGCACCCGAAAGGCCCAGAGAGACUUCUGAAGAACAGAAGAAGGCUAAAGUGACGUUCCAGGUAGAUGAGAAGCUCAAAGAGAGUGUGCAUGAACAGGAGAAGUCUAAAGUACUUGGGAAGCCCAAAGAAAAUACUCAAGAACAGGAGACAGCUAAAGUAACAAUACAAAUACAAGAGAAGCCCAUAGUGACUACUGGAGAAUGUGACAAGCCCAAAGUGACAGCACAGGUUCAAGAGAAGCAAGAAGAACAGGAGAAGCCUAAGGUGACAGCCCAGUUACAGGAGAAGCCUGUAGUGACUGCUCAACAACAGGAGAAGCCCAAAGAGACUGCUACUCAGGAGGAAGAGAACAAAGUGAUUGCUGGAGAACCAGAGAAGUCCAAAAUGUCAUCUCAGGAACAGGAAAGGUCAGCAGUGACUUCUCAGGGACCAGAAAAGCCAAGAGCGACAGUUCACGUACAAGAGAAGCCUUAUGUGACAGCCCUUGAAUUGGAGAAGCCUAAACCUACAUCUCAGGAACAGGAGAAGUCUACAGGGACAACUCAGGGACAAGAAAAGCCUAAAAUGACAGCCAAUGUGACAUCUCCAGGACAGGAGGAUCCUAAAGUGACAUCUCUGGAACAAGGGAAGUGCAAACAAACAGCUCAAGAAUUAGAGAAGCCGAUAAGACUGGACCAGGAACAAGAAAAGCCUCAAGAGACCGCACUUGAACAGGAAAAGCAUAAAGAGACAACUAAGGGACCAAAAUCACCCAAAUGGAAAACUUCACAACAGGAGCCACAGAGGGACACAGUUCAGCACUUAGCAGAUCUUACUCCAGUGGUGGAGAAAGAACCAGAGAAUGCUCAGGGCUGGUUAGACUUGUGUGACAAGGAAUGGCGUCUAAAGGAGAGGGCAAUAGUCUUGCCAGACAAUGCCAACUGGAAAGACAUCUACAAGAAGAGACCCUUUGGAAGAAACUUUCUGAAAAGCCCAAAUCCAGAAGGUUUAUCCACCACGCAGCCUCCUCCACAAGAAGAAUGCGACCCACCCCCAGAGAAGAAGCCCCUGGAGACAUUAGGUGAUUUCAGUGGCUGGCAAAUAAGUACUGAAGAAAUCCCUGUGGAUAGAAGUAACGUUCCUCCAGGUGUGGUGGUCUGCUAUCUCCCCGAGUACAGUUGGUGUGUGAAGGAGCAGCUGUUGGAUCUGAGCUCUGAAGGUCUUUGGCCCGAGUUGCUGGACUCCUAUCAGCCGGAUAUCUAUGUUCUGGACUGGUAUGAAGACAGCAAACUCCACAAACAGGUGUAUGAGCUUCACGUCAAGUUACUGGCGGAGGACAAGAAAACCAUUUUAGCUCAACUGGACCUAACCCCAGAAAACGACAUGAGCGGGGAACCGAAGGGAUGGAACAUGGUUUCUCAUAUAUUCAAGUCUUAUGGACCUGGCCUUCGGUAUGUUCACUUUUUGCACAAAAGUAAAGACCUGUCAGUCCUGGGAUUCCACCGAACCAGAGUGGCAGAUAGCACCUUAUUUGCUCAGCUUCGAGGGUGAAUCCAAAAGCGGCUGAGGACCGUAUGACACCUCUGGAGAAGUCUCUGACCCUUCACCCAUGAACCUCAUUUAUCCCAGGUUCUCUGCACUGAUUCAGCUUAUGCUCCAUGCUGCACUAAUCGGACCUUUGGAUCAUGGAAGGUGGAGGGGUUGUCCAUAGCUGCCAUUCAGACCACACUGCCCCAUCGGCCAGCUUUACAGCUUUCAUGGAGAACCUGUCAGGGCAUCGCAUUGAUGGAAGUCUAUGACCUGGGAACCCACACUGAUCCUAUCUUCUGGCGUGAAGAAGGUCAGAAGAAGUGUUAAAGGGGUUGUUUCACCAAAAAUAUUCUACAGUUUACAAACCAGCCCUUGGAUCUGAAUACUUUUGUAAUUGCAUGUAAUUAGAAAUGUAGUAUAGCAAGUGAGUUAUUCAAUAAAA